AUUAUACAUGACCUCAGCUCUAGCCCGUCCUUGCCUGUUGGACACACAGCAAGACCAGCGUGGCCCUGAGCAGCCUGUCACUAGACACUAGCAGACAGAAGGAGCUUAGGGAGCCGAGGGGAUUAGAGAGGCCUUACUCUCCCCAGCUCAGGGAAAAUGUCCCUGUGGCCUAACUCAGGACAAUUGUGGGGGUGGGGGAAAAUAAUUACCUGGUCCAUCAUUCCCCCAGAUUCAGGCCUGAUAUCAUCAAGCACUUGGCAUGGGCUGAUCAGCUAAAACUUCAGCUCAAACUCCAGUCUUCCAGGUAUUAUCCAUAUGGCAUUGGGUAAGUCAGUCUUUGAAUCUCAACAAUAAAAGAAGUACCACCAACCUACUAGGUUUUGCUAUGAAUAUUAAAAAACAAAGCACAUGCCUCAUGAAGCGAUCAACCUCGGCCCUUUCUUUAGCUCAGGAACAACUUUGCCACCACUCUGGUGGAACUGUCUGAAUACCAAAUAAGAAAUACUAGCAUGCAUAGAGCGUUUGCCCUGGGCUAGGCAGGUGUAACCAAGUUAAAGGCCAAGCAUUUUCACAUAAAUUACCAGGCUUAUUCUGCACAGGGUUGGGGCCAGGGUUGGGACAGAGACCCUUUAGAGGUACUAGCUGGAGACUUGGAGAGGGGAGAGGCCAGUACAGGGAAGUAGCAUUGAAGGGGUGGGCCUGUGGAGAGAGUCCAGGUGUGGGUGUAGGGAUUUGGGGAGAGUGCUAAGCAGGGAUCCAUCAGGGGUCCUAGAGCCUCCUCAGAGGGUGCAGGGAUGAAAGCUGACUCCUGUAAGGAAUAAGGGAAGCCAGGACACAGCCCUGGGCAGAGCUUAGGGACAAGUAACCAGCCAAUCUUGUCCUUUGGCUAAAGGGCAGCAGGGACCGGCAGUGAGAAGGCUCCGGCUAGAUCCAGGAAGCCCAGGUCAGUUCUGGGCUUCACCCACCGCAGUAUCUGGGGGCAACAACAGAGAUCAAUGGGUUUUGAUCUCUGGAGAUGGACACGGACAUGGAGUCUGCCCUUCCCUUGGCUUGGGGCCUAAUCUGAUCACCGGUCCUCACCUCAAGGGGAGAGGGGCUUGAGGACUGAAGGGAGGUUGUGGGGAGGGUCUCCGUGAGCAAGGCCCUUCCUCUGAGCUGACACAGCUGCUUCCCCAACGCAGCCUGGGGCCACCGCCAGAAUUGGGGGGCGGCUCGGGGACCUUGAAGGGACCGCUCAGCAGCCGCAGCGGAGGGCUCCGCAAGGUGGGGAUGUCACACCCGCAUCCUGGGCCAAGAUACUACAGCUUCCGCGGAGACGGAGGUCGGGAUCGGACCCGGACUUACCGGCAAACAGCCAUAGGGAGCCCCCCGACACCAGGAAGAAGGUCAGCAUGUCGGCGAGUUGGCCUAGUCCGCCCCGCACGGCUUCCCGGGCCCACAGCCCCGCAGCCCCAGAGCCGCCGCUGCCGCUGCCGCCGCCGCCGCCGCCGCCGGGUAUUUUUAGCCCCCGCCUCCCCGCGCCGCUGCGGAGACCCGGCGGGAGGGGGAGGGCGCGGCGCGCGCUCCUCACGGAACCCGACUCCCAGCCCCGCAGCAGCGCAGCCGGGACUCCUGGGCGAAGAGACAGCUGCGUCCGAACCGCCGAGCCCGGCUGGGGGAGGGGCCGGGCCGCCCGCCCCGCGACGUUCCGGGCGAAACGGGCUGGGGGUUGGGGGGGACUCACGGGCGCACUGCCGCUGCCACUCACCCCUCCACCCACGAACGACCCUUACCUCCGCACGAUCCGCCGCCAGGGCUUUAUGGCUAGGCAGGCUCGAGUGGCAGCGGGGUCCCUUACUUCUGUCCCAGGAAGCGCACAUGCUGAUGGACCAGUUCCCGGCUGACUCGGACGCCCCCUGGGACAUGGUUUUGUAGACAACUCGGAGUCACAUCUGCAAGCCCGAGAGAGGAGGGAGCGACGGGGGGCUAUCUAGGUGAGGCUAAACUGGAUAAUGCCCAGACUUAAUGAGAAUGCGCAAGGUCAGGUUGGAGGCCACACAAGGUCACAGGAAGACUCACCAGCUGCCAUGUAGUCAGUCACCAGUCCCUAGGCAUGUCACCUGAAGCCGCAGGCAGCCACAUGGAAUCACAGAUGCCUCCUGAGGACACAGGCAGUGAUGGUUAUGUGUGUGGUACAUGAGAGCUCAAAUUGCUUAGCUGUAUCCUAAAUGGCUAUACAGCCACCAAGUUGCUGAUGGCGUUGGAAUCCCUCUGUCUGGGAACAAAAGGAGGAAGCCUGGUUCUGCGAUUUUCCAAAACAAUAAAGCUGCCACAGAAGAGCAGCUCUGCUUCCUUCUCCAUCACAAAGCUCUUCCUCUCUGCAGGCCUGGAGGCAGCCAAGCAACAGUGGACUGAGACCUGUGAGACCAUGAUUCAGAUAAAACUUGAAGUUGAUAUUUCUCAGGCCUUUUGUCAGAGUGGCAGAACCUUGACUAACAUACCAGCCAUCGAAGUCGAGCAAAGGAUACUAGUUACAGCAAUGGCUCUGAUUCUGUCAUGGUGUUGAUACCUGGGGCGUGACCUCUGCCCCUUUCUGUCUCCAUCGAUGCAAACAGACACUGGCCUAGAGGCUUCUGGUACUAAGUAACACCUUGUUGCCCUUUCAUCAUCACAGACUCUCUGUCUACACCAGCCUCUGCCUACUCCUUGUCUGGUCUGCCAAUGGCCAUGAGAAACAGCCUGAGAUGGAUGGCUUCAGAUGAUCCUGUGUGUAGAAUGUCUGAGCCAUAGCCCUUUGGUAUUUGUAAAUCUGAACCAUGUUUUCAGCUCUGGGCAUGGAACCCAGGGAUUCACAUGCUAGGCCAAAUGUUCUAUUACUAAGAAACACCA